UGCGCAGUCGCAUUAGGCAGUGACAUCAAAUGUGUCAGGUCUGUGGUGUCAGUUGAGAGAUUCCUCACCCUGUUAUCGUUUUAUCUGUCGGGUAGUUUGGUAGGUGGAUCAUUUUAAUAAUUUAACGAGAAUCAUGGCCGACACAACGGUGGACGCAACACGGCGCCUGAAUGUCAAAAAACAAACGUUAGACGACGCGUACGCGGCGCCAGCAAACUUUCUCGAAAUCGAUGUGAUCAAUCCGAUCACGCACGGCGUCGGCAAAAAACGAUAUACCGAUUACGAGGUUCGAAUGAGGACAAAUCUCCCUGUAUUCAAAGUCAAAGAGUCCAGUGUGAGAAGACGAUACAGUGACUUUGAAUGGCUCAGAAACGAAUUGGAACGAGAUAGCAAGAUAGUAGUGCCACCAUUGCCUGGCAAAGCAUGGAAGCGUCAGAUGCCAUUUCGAGGUGACGAUGGAAUCUUUGAAGAAGACUUUAUCGAAGACCGGCGAAAAGGUCUUGAAAUUUUCGUGAAUAAAAUAGCUGGCCACCCAUUAGCGCAAAAUGAACGAUGUCUCCACAUGUUCCUGCAAGAACCCGUUAUAGACAAGAACUAUGUUCCUGGAAAAAUACGAAACACGUAAAGUUGAUCACCGUACCAAGUCGCUUAUGUAGCCACGACAACUUCAAUUAAGACCUUGAAAUUUUUCUGAUUCUAAUUACUUUAAAAAAAAAAAAGAAAACAUUUAAUUGUGCAUUUUAUUGGCGUGAGCUAAGCUCUUAAAUAUGAUUAUUUCUCUUCAUUCUUAAUUGCUACUGUGACGGAUUACAAUUAUAAUUUUUUUUUUUAUAUUUGUCUAAAUUGAUAUUACUAUGAAACGUAAAUUGAGAAAAAGAAAAAUAUUAAUAUUGUGAUAAGAGAUGGAAGAUAAACGAAGAACCAUUUGAAAACCGUACUAAAGUAGAUAAUGGUGAAAUCAACUACUGCUGAUUGUUUUAUGUUUUUUUCUUCUAUAUAAUUCACUUCAAUGAUAGAGCAGCUUCACAGGAUCAAUUCCACAGUGCAUUAAGAAUAAUUCAUUAUUUCAAGUUUGAUUAACUUAGCUGUGCCAGUAUCUAUAAAGGAUACAUUAUUUCAACAUAUUCGUAUAUGCAUGUGUCUACCGCAUCUAUACGAUUAAUGGCAAUGUCACCGAUAAAGUGUCCAAAUCAGGACAGACUGGUGUAAAACAAUUAUUCUAGAACCCAGUAAUAUCAGACUUGACUGUUAUAUUCAUUCAAUACCAAAUACUAUGCAGUAUCAUUAUUACUUCAAGGAAGUAUACUGGAAGAACUUUUAAGAUAAAGUUCAUCCAAUACAAUUUAUAACAGUCGAAAAAAGCAUCAAAACUGCAUAUUUGGUAAUAAAUUAUAAUAAUUGAUCAUAUAUUUUCAUAAAAGUUAAUCAAAUUAAUAAUUUCGAGUUAGAUUUCAAUUAUUUAAUUAUACUGCAAUGAAACAAGGUUUAUUUCUUGAAAAAUGAUGAAAUAAAUAUUAGGUAUCUUUCAGCACUUUUUACAUCAUAUGUUUUAAACGCAAUUUCUUUCACAAUUAUGAAUAGCCACAAUUUUAUUUUGUCGCCGGACCUUGAUGCAGUUGACUAUCAAGCUCACUGAUUAUUCAAAAAUAAAUGGGAUUUGAAGCUGAUAUUUGAUCAACACUAAAGAUGAAUGAGAAAUCUAGAGUAUUAAUUUAAUUGAUAUUCACGUCCCCUUAUCAUCUAUUGUACUGUUGGAUUGGUGUUCUCAUCAUAUUAGUAAUUCGGUCAAGUGUACCAAAAAGCUAUCCCAGUUUCGAAUUGAUCUAUUAAUUCAUGUGACUAGUUUUGCUACAGAUCCUGGCACUUUCCUGAAUGUUUGAAAGUGUAACAGUUAUCUUUUGUAAAUAUCUUGAAUGCGGUUCUUUGUAAAAUAUGAAAGGAAGAGGAAGAAAGUCGAAAUAAACCAAUUUCAUGCUAGCCAAAACCAUGAGACAGUAGCAGUUAAGCUUCUUUGUUGGAUUAGUCUUGCAAAAAAAAAAAAAUAUGCAGAACUCACGUCUGAGCAAGAUAACGCGCUCGACAAUUAUUUAUUGAAAUUAAAGUCGUGUCUACAACAAAUAUAAACUCACAGACCUCUGUUCACAUGUCAAGGUAUAUAAUGA